UUUAGUGUGUAACUUUGUCAGUCAUGAGAAAUGUCUGUUCUACAUUACAACAGCGUGCCACUUUCUUGCCAGCACUCUCAUCAAGGUCAGUAAACCCACUGAAUGUCAAGAAACAUUACACGGCAGAAAAUGAAAAAUUUGCAUUUCAAUGUUUUAGGAUCCUGUCGGCCACCAGUGGUCUCCUUCAAGUUCUUUGAGACGAAAAUUUUGUAAUGUUUGUCGAAAAUUAUUGAAUGACUCGUCUGACUACAGUUGUGAAGGUAAGUUAGCUCUGUGUGCUGAAAAACAAUAGAACUAACCUCCUCUCAAAUAACCCUCUCACCUAAUACAAUAAGCCCUCUCUCCAAUAACCCCUCUCUCCAAUAAUCCCUCUCCAAUAACCCCCUCUCCAAUAAUCCCUCUCCAACAAGCUCCCUUUCGAAUAAACUCCCCUCUCCAAUAACCCCCUCUCCAAUAACCCCUCUCCAACAAGCUCCCUUUCGAAUAAACUCCCCUCUCCAAUAAACCCCUCUCCAAUAACCCCUCUCCAACAAGCUCCCUUUCGAAUAAAUUCCCCUCUCCAAUAACCCCUCUCCAACAAGCUCCCUUUCGAAUAAACUCCCCUCUCCAAUAACCCCUCUCCAACAAGCUGCAUUUCCAAUAAAUUCCCCUCUCCAAUAAGCUUCCACCUCCACCAACCCCCUUUCCAAUAUGCGCCCUCACUGUGGACGUAAUAGUGCAUGUGAUUUCUUCCUUGAAUGAAUCUCUAACUUGACGAUGUUCUUCACAUAGUGUGUGAAUAUUAUGUUCAUAAGAGCUGCAAGGACUCUGCCAUCAACAGUUGCAAAAGAAGUGCAACUUACAAUCUCAAGCAAAAGAAGGUAAUUAUUUUGAGAUGCUUUGAAAUGACCAUAAUGAACAAUUUCUAGUGGAAUAACUUCUCAUACAAACCUUUAUGAUUAGCAUUUCUAUAGCCCAAAUUUGCAUGUGGGUAUGCCGAUCAAAUGCGCUUUACAUCAAGUAUUACGCUUACCGAAUUACAUAUUUUGCCCAGACUAUUUUAUCUUUACAACAAUUGUGAUAUUACUUUCUUAACUGUGUUUAUCCUAACCCACCCUGUCAACUUUCCCUGUUGGAGGAAACCGGAGCACCCGGCGAAAACCCACAACUUUCGACAGGGCGUUGACAGACUCUUUUCACAUGAGUCCUGAGUCUGUAGCGAUCGAGAAUCAAACAACACAAUCUGAGAAGUUGGAGGCGCUUGCUCAGAUGAACCCCCAACCUGCAGUUUAACAAGAAAUGUGAAUUUCUGGAUAUUUCAGGGUGAAAAUGAACAUCAUUGGCAGGAGGGAAAUCUCCCCUCAGGAUCAAAAUGUUUUCUGUGUAAAAAGUCGUGUAGCACGUCUGAGUGUUUGGCCAGCGUCAAGUGCAAGUGGUGUCCAACUACAGUAAGUAAACACACACAUAAUUUUCAAUUUCAAUCCUCUCAUGGAGUAUUUGUUGUUAAUGUUGAACCAAAGUGACAUAAAGAUUAUUACUGUAUUAUUCCAGGCUCAUUCAGGAUGUUAUGGUCACGUAACGAAGCAAUGUGAUUAUGGUGACUUCAACCACCUCAUGUUACCACCCUCUGCAGUAUCUCUUCCCAACCUUGCUCUCUGGAGGAGAAUGUCCAAUGAAGUUCAAAAAAAUUGUAAGUAGCACUGUCCUUGCAUGUACACUACUGUCCCUCGUGCCAAUCUAGCAGUUGUGGUUUAUGCAAGCUGAAAAGAUUAAAUCUUGAGCUGUGUUUGCCAGUGUAGGUAGUGGCAAUAAAAUGAAGAAGCUUUCGUUGAUAAGAAUGCAACUUAUAUAUUUUCAUGUAGUUGCAUUGCUACCAACGGAAGCUUGUUCAUGAAAAGAUUAAAGGCCUGAUUUCCCGCUUCAAUCCUCUCGUAGUGUAACAUUUUCUUUUGUGUCCAAGUCAUCAGUUGCACUCUAAGAAAUACGCUAAGCUUCGCUACGAUAUGGUUGUAGUGGAAAACAGGUGAAGAUUCUUUGACACGAAGUUGUAUGUUGAAGUAGAGUGACUUUGUUCAAAGAUAACUCAUGGCAUCUCACUACAAAUUUUGUUCAUUGUUUUCUAGUUGAAAACAUGCAUCUGGAAAGCUCUGAUGAAGUUUUACUCAGUGAACAUAUUGAUUCAGAAGAUGAGUUUUUGGUUGAUUCACCAGGUGAUUCAGGUAAGCUUGUUUAAUAAUGCUUUUGGGAAAAGGAAAUUGAAACUUUCUAACAUUAAUAAACUAUUCUCUGUAGUUCACAGUUCUGACGCGACAAACUCGAUCAAAGUUUACGAUGGAAAACUUGACAACCCACGGUUGUACAAAGUCGUUCAUGCGUCAAGGACGACUAAAGCCUCGCAAGUCUUGGUAAGAAUAUUGCGGCAACCACUCAUUAUUUUAGUUCAAUACAAAACAAUAGUAACUCUAAGAACGGUAAACAUUUUGAAAAGUGUUUAUUCGAUAUUUCUGCUGGAUUUUAGUCAUUAGGAAUGCUAGUCAAAACGUAGAAUGAACACGUUUCGAAAUGUUGACCGUUUCGAAGCUAUAGUAUCAUUGUUUUGCAUUUAACUUGGUGAGAGUUGUCUUGUUGUAUCAAGGUUUCUAUUCCAGGUUUCCAGUCCAGGUCUUCAUUUCGUCGCAUGAAUUGUGACAGACAAAGAACCUUUGCUUGAAACGUUGAAGUGUUUUCAAUGAGGAAGUUCGCAUACAACUCCCUACACUUGAAAAAUACAAAAAGAACUUUGACGUACAUCUGGCCCUUCGUGUGGAAAGUAUGCCUUCGCUCGAAACAUCGAAGUUCCUUUUCUAUUUUUCUUGUAGUUCCAUUACAUACAGAGCUUGUAUUCUCUGUUCUUAUAAUCUUCCAUUGUCUGCGUCAGUGUAGGAGUGUUAAUAACAAUAAAUAGGGAGUGUUAAUAACAGUGUUAAUAACAGCACUUUCAAAAAGCAAAUUAAACUAGAGGGCACUCAGAGACUGCAUACCUCCGCCCCCAUUGAAUUUCGCUCGUAUGAAAUGCAACUAAGGCAAUAGAUAAUGAAGGCUGAAGCUCAAUGAGGUUUAUCUCAUUAUUGUCUUAGUACUGCGUGCAUACAUUAUACACGUCCUAAUUACGCAUUCAGUGAGUUUUUUUUAAUUGACCGGGAAAAGCAAGACAAAAUUUUGUUCAUUUCUCGUUCAAUUUUUAACCAAAUUCGACCAAAUUUUAAUCAGUUCUUCCUUAGCCGAUGGGAAAUGCAUUCAAAAAUUUCGUAUGAAUAUGUUUGGUAUUUCUUGAGUUGUCGUGCUCACAGACAUACGCACACACACACACACACAUAUACAAGCCCAGAUGAUUACAUAACCUCCUGGCGGAGGUAACAAUAUUUUUUACUAUACAAUGUAUAAGACAUGCCAUAAAACAUUCUGCUAUAUGACAAAAUUAAUAGUAUAUUGUAGUCUAAUUCUUAUAAGAACCCAAAUACAUCUACAAUAUUGGUAUUCACUUCUAUAAUAAGAACAAUUUCUCUUCUCUUUCUCUCUUGUAAAUAUUCACUUCUAUAAUAAGAACAAUUUCUCUUCUCUUUCUCUCUUGUAAAUAUUCACUUCUAUAUAAUAAGAACAAUUUCUCUUCUUUUUUUCUCUUGUAAAUAUGUAUAUAUAUUCCUUUAAUAUUGUGAUUGACUGUAAAUAAUUUAUUACAUACAAGAGUGGGUAGUAGCGAAGUAGUUGUAGUUCGCUACUGUAGCGAACUACAAUUUUCAAGUAGCCAGUAGUUUUUGACUACAUUUUUAAAACAGUAGCUGUAGUUAUAGCGAACUACAUUUUGCCUAAAAGUAGCCAAGUAGUUGACUACUUUUCAAAGAGCAAAUCGCUAUUCGCUACUUUUAAAAAUUGUUAACAACUUGAUAGAAUAGCAUGAUAUUGAGAUACGGUUUGCUUAAAAUCGAUACUCAAUAGUCAAUUUGCACUCCUGAGCACUGUAGUGAUUACAAAAAUGUUGCUUUGUGUUUACUGUUGCUACUCGUAAGUCUAUUUGUUACAGAUUACAUUACAGUCUGAGUUAAUAGUAUAGAUGCUCCAAAUACAGUAAAACUAAAAAAUAUAGCGUAGGCGUAGCGAAAUAGCGAAAUAGUUCGCUGCAUUUUUUAAGCAGUAGCUAUAGUCAGUAGCGAACUACCUUUGUUCAAAAGUAGCAGUAGUUGUAGCUGACUACAUAUUUUUGAAGUAGCUGUAGUUAUAGCGAACUACAAAAAUUUUGUAGUCAACCCACCCUUGAUUACAUAAUAUAAUACAAACUAGCAUAACUAGAGACCUAAAUAAAAAGUCUACUAAGAUUUCUAGUAGGUCUCUAGCCCGCAUUCUACAAUUAUUGUAAAUAUACUACACAUAAAUUUGUUGUACAUGGGGAAAAUUUUUAAAAUAAAAAAAUAAAAAGCGUUCGUUGGUAGGGAUACAACUGCCUGAAAAGGAGAGAUUCAAAUUCGUGUUUUUCAUGGAUCCCCACCAACGAAAGCUUGUUUGUCUUCUCUGCUACCUACAUUUGAUGUUUGAGAUGUGAUGUUUGUUUUUUAGCGAGAAGCGUUGAGACUUUAUCAAAUCACAGAUGACCCAGACAACUAUUACCUCACAAAAACACUUGACCAAUGUAAGUAAAUAUAGAUAUCAAUAUUACGGUCUGCUACUUCUUUGUUUUCAGCCAUGUACCACGUAGGAACACGGAACUCUUGCUGUCUGCGUAUUUACAUUUUGCUUGUACGAGAUGACCUUUCUAAGCCCUGGUCUGAUAACACUAAAGAAUGUUGUUUGUUUGUACAAUAUAUGCAAUUAUUGUGCUUCUUGUUGUAACUAUAGUAUUUUCAAGAAACAGAAAGCUGUACUUUAUGAACUUUUAUCUUAAAGGCACAGUUCAGCCUUUUGAAUGAUGGUUUUUAAGGCGCAUUACAAACCUUUUAAUUAAAACAAACUAACUAGGAAAACCAAUGAAGCAUAAUCCAAAAUCAGUGAACUCGAUGUUUUUAACAAUAAAAAUGUUUAAAAAUGUUAAAAACAUUGAAAUCACUGAUCUUCAAUUAUGCUUAAUUGAUUUUCCUAGUUAGUUUUUUGAACUUUUUUCAAUUAAAGGGUUUGUAAUGCGCCUUAAAAACCAUCAUUCAAAAGGCUGACCUUUGCCUUUAAUGACUAAAUACACAUUGAGGACUGAGUUUGUACCAUUGACGAACCAGGACGACUAAAAUCGUGAAUAAUCUCACCCUGUACGCUUUCAUUCUUUGCCACUUUCACGAUAGACUACCGUCAUUGUUGACUGAGAAAAACACGUCUCAUAAAAUGUACAUUUAGAAGCCAUCUUUGCAUACUCGUGUAUUUGUUCUUUGUAGCGAGUGAAAGAACAUUAGAUGCACAUGAGAUGCCGUUACAGUUUGGAAAUCGUAAUAAAAAGACGAUGAUAUUUCUGAGAAUAAAGGUAAGUUUAGUGAUAUUAAAUAUGAAUUCUCACACUGGGUUGUCGUGUAGUUUAUUAACAUAAGUUUUUAUACACGUCGUUAACAUACUAGACCUAGUAACCCUAACCAAUGUCUCGAACCCCUAAACUACCAUCGAGGCGCAUGCCCAUAUAGCACCUCGCCCUGGGCCCCCGAUGCAUCUGGAGGACAAAUUAGCAAUCUAUGCAUGAUAUAACUUUUGUAAACAAAGCAAAUUUUGUAACUUUUUGUAUCAAAAUGUAUCAUAAUUUUGUAUUAAAAUGGUUAAUUUUUGCGCUGUAUGUGGUUGUUGUACCCGAACAGAUAUUGUUAGGGAGCAUCUGGAGGACACUCUAAGGAUUUGUGACGUCAGUGCAAUGGGUCUAUAGAAUUAAUAUUUGUGCUAGAGUUUAAAAUAUUCAAUUCGUUUAUUUAAAUAUUCAACUUUGCAGAAUGCAGAGAAAAGUGGAAAUAUUCGUGUGUAUUUAGCAAUAGAGAGGUCAGUCUGUUUGUGUCUAUAUAAUAUAGUCUAUUUAGCAAUAGAGAGGUCAGUCUGAUUGAGUCUAUAUAAUAUUGUCAUUCAUUAUUAAAUAAUGCUCAUUCCUAACAAGGAAGAAAAUUUGUUCACCAUUUCGCCACCAAUCUAUCAAAUAUUACAUUUCUAGAGACGGCUCAUCUUUUAAGACGAUAAAAGUUCAAUAUGCCACGAAUGUUGCUGACGUCAUUAAGAACGCAUUAAUUAAAUUUUGUUUAGAGGUAAGAAAGUUGAGUGGAGCUCGUUUUACCUUCACAUGCAUCUGCAAGGGACUUAUGUUUAAUUUUUGAAAUAGGACAGAAGGCCUGAAGAUUUUUCACUUGUUAUGACACACUUGUUUGAUGGAGGUACGUUAUUCUCAUUGUUCACUUUCUAAGCACACUUAUUAUUAGCAUGACAAAAUUACUGGAUGCUGAUUGGUUGAGAGGAGUACAAUUAUUUCAUUAAUUGCACUGCAGUACAAUUAAUGAUUUUCCCAAAACAAAAACAAAAUGGCGGAAAGGUAUUUUAAACACAAAAGUGAAAUGAAAUUGCCCUAGAGGAACUAGAUGAAAAUACCAACAAAAACACCAAAUUUUGCUUGAACAAAAGAACAAAUUAAAAUACAAACAAAAGCACCAAAUUUUGGUUGAAAGUCUGGCAGGACUGGGCUUUGGCGAGAGAAUAUGAUGUUGAUAUUGAGAAGUACGUAACCAAUUUUGUCAUGCUAAUAAUAAACUCGUGAUGUUUGGAAAUUUGCCAAAUUAGACUCGCCCCGGUGGCUCGUCCAAUUUUGGCAAAAUUUCCAAACAUCACUCGUACUUAUUAAUCCCUAAUUGUACUCGCCAUCGCAUGAUUACCUAUACUAAACCACUGAUUUUGUAUUUUAUUAUUUAGUUCGAGAACGUGCUAUGCAGACUGAUGAAUGCCCUUGGAAAAUUUUAACGGAAAUGAAGAGGGUAUCUUAUAUUUUCAUUUUUCCUUCGUCUUCCCGUCACUUGUUUCAGUGGGUGGAGUUUGAAAGCAGUUUCGUUUUCUUUCCAUUCACAACUGCUACUUUAUUUUCAGAGGUCAAUUCGUGAGAUGAAAUUCCCGUCACUUGUUUCACUGGGCGGAGUUUGAAAGCAGUUUCAUUUUGUUUCCAUUCACAACUCGUACUUUAUUUUCAGAGGUCAAUUCGUGAGAUGAAAUUCCCGUAACUUGUUUCAGUGGGUGGAGUUUGAAAGCAGUUUCGUUUUCUUUCCAUUCACAAGUGCUACUUUAUUUUCAGAGGUCAAUUCGUGAGAUGAAAUUCCCGUAACUUGUUUCACUGGGUGGAGUUUGAAAGCAGUUUCGUUUUCUUUCCAUUCACAACUGCUACUUUAUUUUCAGAGGUCAAUUCGUGAGAUGAAAUUCCCGUAACUUGUUUCACUGGGUGGAAUUUGAAAGCAGUUUCGUUUUCUUUUCAUUCACAAGUGCUACUUUAUUUUCAGAGGUCAAUUCGUGAGAUGAAAUUCCCGUAACUUGUUUCAGUGGGUGGAGUUUGAAAGCAGUUUCGUUUUCUUUCCAUUCACAACUGCUACUUUAUUUUCAGAGGUCAAUUCGUGAGAUGAAAUUCACCCGAUUCUACCUACGCCCAAUAUACGAGCCUGCAAGCAAUGUUAUACUUUGUGUCAGCAAUCUCCCAAUGAUGUUAAAGGAAGAUACAUAUCACAGUUUCCUCAAGGAACAUAUACAACAUGGUAAGGCACUCAUUGCAAGGGCUUCUAGUCCUUUCAAUUUGGUGAGGAACCCCCUCGAAAUACAGGAGACAAGCAAGCUAACUCCACGUAGUAGCACAUCAGCUCAGAGAAAGGUUCAGGUUUGAUUUCCGUUAUCUGUAAGGGACCAUUAACCAAUCAGAUGCGUUUGGUAUAUUUGAUUAACCAAUCAGAUGCGUUUGAUAUAUUUGAUUAACCAAUCAGAUGCGUUUGAUAUAUUUGAUUAACCAAUCAGAUGCGUUUGAUAUAUUUGAUUAUCCAAUCAGAUGAUAGUUAGGCAGUGCGAGGUACCACUGAACCUCUCGAAAACCUCGACCUACAGUCGUAGACGAUAAGACGCGCUAACCAGCCUUGCUUUCAUUGAAAAUCAGCUCUAACUUACUUUCAAUUCAAUUUUUAUUUCAGGCAAUUUCGCAGUAGAUGUCUUGUAUCCAUGUUCUGGUAAGUGCAGAAAGAUUUUUCUAACACGAGUCUUCGUGCAAUGAUGUCUCAUUAUUUCUUCCUAGGUACGGCAUUCUUAUCAUUUGAGACCGCUGACUUGGCAUCAAAAGCGAUGAAUGAACUAAAAACUGCGACAUUGAGUGGCAAGAGUUUGUUUGUUAAACUCAUACCAAACAUUCACGUAUGUCUCUUUUGUCUUUAAUUUACUGUAUGCGAUUACGAUUAACACAAAUGUGCUUUACAUCAAGUAGUACGCUUACAUACUGGCUAGACUAAGUACGAUCCUCUAGUUGAUCUUUACAACAGUGGACGACUUGCGCUUUAGAAAAAAAUUUAAUCUGGGAAUAACAAAGGAUAUUUUCGGAAAGAAGUUAUCAAAAUUAGAAAAACUGCAAAGUUUGGUUGCGAAAUGUUGUAAAAUACGGAAAAUAUAGCCCUGCGAAGUUGGCAAAUUUGUAUACAUUUCUAUUACGUGCGGAAAUUGGUAACUAAUUUAGUUACCAAUUCACGCACGUAAUACAAGAGUAUACAAAUUUGCCAACUUUGAAGGCCUAUAUUUUCCGUAUUUUACAACAUUUCGCAACCAAACUUUGUAAUAUUACUAAUUCCAAGACGCUCUUUCUAGCUGUGGUGAUAGAUUUCGUUGUUCUUACUUAGAUUAAAAUUUAGUCUAAAGCGCAAGUCGUCCAUUGUGAUAUUACUUAACUGUGUUUAUCCUAACCUCAGUUAAAAAAGCAAGUGGACGAAUGUACAUUAUGAGAGUUUGCAAAUACUAUGGACUAUCAAUUAAACAAUUAGAUCUGCUGUUUGAUAGCCUAAUUAUGUCGAUAUUCACUUUUGCUAUUGAGCUGUGGGGUUGUGCAUACGACGGUAAAUAUUUGAACCAAAUAGAUAAAUUCAUUAAACGUGCACAUAAGAAUGGUUAUAUAUCAAAACGAACACACAUUAAAGAAAUACGUGAUAAGAGAGAUAUGAAACUGUGGAACAAAAUAACAUCAACUGAGGACAAUGCAUUGCUUGAACUGCUGCCGGAAAAAAGAAGUAGGUUACUUAGGCCUAGAGGGCAUGAGUAUGAACUCCCCCUAGUGAGAACAGAAAGAUUCAAAAGGUCGUUCAUAAAUCGUUGUCUGUAUAACUUUGUUUAGACUUUAAUCUAUUUAGACUUUAAUCUAUUAAAAACUUUUUAAAACUUUUUACGCUUCUUAACUUACAAUUGUAAAUAUAACUAGAUCAAUUACCUUUCGAUUGUAAACUCAGACGGAUGUAUCUGAGUAUUUUAAUAAAGACUAUUAUUAUUAUUAUUAUUAUUAUUAUUAUUAUAACCGAGCCUGUCUUUGUUUCUUCAUUCUAGACUGAAGCGCUGAGUGACAAGAGCAUUCCUCUGCUGGUGUUGGUGAAUGUUCGCAGUGGAGGUGGUCAAGGCAAUGAGUUGUUGUUUGAUUUUCAGAAAUUACUCAACCCUCAUCAAGUGCAUUCAUUAUCUGAGGGUGGUCCUUUGCCCGGGUAAGGACAAACAUGCGCAAUUGAGGGAUGUAGUUUAAUUUUCUUGCUCGCUGAAUGAUCUCUAGUGGAAGUUGACAGAUAUUUCUUUUAGUUUGUACGCAUUUCGUAAACUCCAAUCAUUCCGUAUCUUGGUUUGUGGAGGUGAUGGUACAGUUGGUUGGGUGUUGUCAUCCAUUGAUGAAUGUUGUAAAGAUCUGGCGUGUCGUGAUCCUCCUGUCGCUAUCCUACCUCUGGGAACAGGUUGGUAUAACAUGAAGUACACUGUACCUUACGCAGGGCAAAAUUUUCUCCGGGUGGGUCAGGACGUAAAUCGAUCAUAUGUUGGGGGGGGGGGGGUGAUCUCAGGUAAGCAAUCUUGCAUCACAAAAUGGGCCUUGCUUUCGGGGUCCUUUUUAUCUGUGGGCCCGGGACAAAGUGCCCCCCCCCCGGCGGCCCUACCUUAACGUAUAUAUAGGAUUGUGGUGACGUAUACAUUCUGUGUUGUUAGGUAAUGAUUUAUCUCGUGUGUUACGUUGGGGUGCUGGCUACACAGGUAGUGAAGAUACCUCAGCAUUACUCAUGUCUGUUGAUCAAGCUGAUGUAACAUCUUUGGAUAGGUAAUUGUUACUGUAUUGGCGAAAAUUACAAAUUUAGUUUCUCGUGCUUCUCAGGUCUUUGCCUAGUACUCCCGUUUCCCUCCUUCGUUGACACAAUUCACCAGUCUGCUACAAGGAACUAACACUCUGUCGUUGAUGUUUAGAUGGUUGAUAAUCUUCGAGUCAUCAGACACAUCGGGUGAGACAUUCACAGCUGGCGUGGACCUGCCCAACAGUUUUGUUAUGAAUAAUUAUUUUGGUAUUGGGAGUGAUGCAGCUGUAGCUUUGGACUUCCAUAACGCGAGAGAGGAAGCACCAGAGAAAUUCACCAGCAGGUAAAAUCUGGUUAACCUUUUUUGAUGGUGUGUGUAAAAGUCUUUCGUUCACGUGUAAGUACCGUGCUUCAACGAGACUGAAACUUGUGUUGAAGUCUUUGAAAUCCCUUACAGGUAAUUGCGUAAAUUUAAGAUCACUCCUGUAGGAAUUUACUGUAUCUUCUCUUGAAGGUUGCACAAUAAAAGUGUUUACUUUCGAGUUGGUCUGAGAAAUAUGGUGAGGAAAUCUAUGGACUUUAAUGAGAAUGUUUCAUUACAGGUGAGAUGAUUUCUUUCAUAUUUCGUCUUUUCCUUUUCCUUGCGAAGUUUUACAAUGAUCAUUGUCACUUUAGAUUGACGACACUGAAGUUGAUCUGCCCACCAUUGAAGGAAUUAUUGUUCUAAAUAUUGCCAGGUAGGAAAUUUCACUUUGGAGAUUCUUGCAUCAAUCUCAGAUUCUCAGCAUUGUUAUUCAUGACAACAUUCUAUCUUGCUGUAGUUGGGGAGCAGGCUGUGAUCCCUGGGGACAAUACAGUGAUGACGUAAGUAUGACGUCACGACGUAAAUGACGUAGUAAUGUGAUGUUAUGUUUCAUUGAUGACGUAUGACAUUGGUAAAUGAUGACGUCACUGAUAUGACGUCAUCUGCACAAUUGACUGAUCUAGUAUUUCCACUUUGUUUUAGAAAUUUUCCACACCCUCGUCUUGUGAUAAUUUACUGGAGGUCAUAGGAGUAACUGGAGUGAUGCAUAUGGUACAGUAUAAAAAACUUGAUGAAUGAAGAUAAAUUCUCAAUUAUUUUUGACAGUAGUAAGUAGUUGUAAUUAUUUUUCUGCAGGGGCAAAUAAAGAGUGGGAUUAGAUCUGGUAUAAGACUUGGUCAAGGUUCCAAGGUAUGGCACAACUAAAUAUUCAAUGAAGACCUCAAGAACUCAUUCAAAUCUCGGCAGUUCAGAUACUUGUCGACUAGUUCCUUCGCGUUAAGUAAGAUGUGUUUUGUUUAUAGAUCAACAUGAGACUCAAGUCAGAACUUCCAGUUCAGGUCGAUGGCGAGCCUUGGUAUCAAGCUCCUGGAAACAUCAUUAUCAGACCUACACUUAGCCAGGUCUCAUUUUCUUUAAAUCUGCAUAUAGUUUCGCGGCACUCACACGCACUAACAACUCUGUCUUGUUUUCACAGGUGAAAAUGUUGACGAGACGUUCUAAAACGAGGUCAACUAAAACAGAAGAGCCCGCCAGAGCUCUCGUGAGUAGUACAUUUUACAGUUUUGAUGAGGGCGGAGCUCUCAUCGGAAGUUCAAGAGACAAAGAUACUGAUAGCAUGUAAGAUAUAGCAACGUAUUCAAAGAGACAUUGUGUGUACGAUGUCUGAACUACAUAUAGAAGAAUCUACCACAAAACAACACAUUUUACAGUUUUAACGAGAGCUGUGCUCUCACAGAAGAUCAUGGUAGCGGCGAUGUCUCAACUACAUACACCAGUGAAGUAUCUGCCACAAUGGACACAUUUUUCUUGAGUGGCGCGUUGAUGUCUUUGUAGCUGAUGACCAGAAUGUGUUAUUCACGAGUCCUGGGUGUGGUUGAACUAUAUCAACGCAAAUGAAAGAUCUCUGGAAGAUCAUAAAGCUUGUCCAAGCCAUCUCAACAUGAUUCAACAUUGUUGAAUGCAGAAGUCUUGGCUCUGUUCCAACAUUCUGAGUUUCUGACUUCUACUACUGCUAUUAUUACAGGACCAUUUUAAAUGCGUUUGAUAUAUCCAAUCAUUAUUAUCUCGCUUGCUCAAGAUCGUCCAGUAUUGAUUCCUAAAAUGUUGGAUUUUGGAGUGGCUUGAAGGAUCUUAAGAUGCAUAGCUUGUACAGGAAUGUUGUGAUGGAUCUGCGCUUGUCUUAACUAUUAUACAUUAAAUCCUGAGCUACAGGACUACAGGGGAAGAAAGGUAAUGGAUUGUACAUGAUGGGUCUGGACACACCAUUGUCGCAGGAACGAUUAUCUGAAUAUAAAGAGUGUGCCACUGGGUAUCUCUGGUUUGAGACCAACACUUUAUUUUAUAGUGUGAGCUACCAUUUUAAGAUGACAAUGAACGGCAUGACAAAUGAAAUAUGUAGCAUAUAAUUCCUAAAUUACUAUUUAUUGUACACAUAUACCAAGUAUAGUGAGUGUGUAAACUUAUGUAUAAUUAUGUAAAUGUCAAGUUAUACAAAUUGCAUUUGACUUCUUUGUGUGUCAACUGAAGGCGUAGAAGAGAUCUAACACCUGGGUAUCAAAUUAAUUCAAUAUGACAAAAAGUAAGCCAAGAAUUUGUAUGUUAAUUUUGUUUAGUUAAUGUAUGAUAAUUUACACGUUAGAAGUCAUUAUAAUAAGUGUUUCUAAUGUUUCUUUUUCCUCAAUUUCUUUUCAGAUUUUUCAGACUUUAUCCUCUCCUCAGCUGCAGACAUUCUCUUAUAGAGCAUAAUGAGCACACCAAGGAUAAUUGCUGGCCAGAUGGCAAAGUUUAUAACCUUUCCAAUGUCAUAACGACCGAGAGAUGAGUCUUUCUCCAAGCCAGCUAGUUCUGUAACAAAUGUCAAUGUCGCAUGUGCUGCAAGAAAAUAAUAAUCAA